ACAGAAAAGUAAAAGAAACAUACAUUAGGAGUGUUUGUUUAAAGAUGUUUCGCGCCUACCAGUCGUUGACACCAGUCUCCAACGUAUAUUUGGGACGAAGAUGGGACCAACAGUUUUAUGAACACCAUAAAAAGAAAAUGUCUUUGGCGAAGCCUGUUGUCGACAACAAACCCCCAAAGACUUACGUGCACCUCCACGUCAAACUAAACAAAUUGCAGAUGGAUGGUGACAGACUAGCUAUAGUGGAAAGAGACAACGAGAAUCUGUUGAAUAAAAUGGCACACAUCAUGAAAACGGGCGGGCAUGUGGAUAACAAAAGAAAGGAUUAUAAACAGAAAAGCCUCAAUAAAGUCAAGCGACACCGAGAUCUCCUGAGAAUAACUCAUGAGAAUUUUGCUAUACUGAAAAGAUUGAAUGCUGUAGAACCCUUUCAUAAUCACCUACAAUGGCAGGACGAUUGGAACGUCAAUCAAAAAUAUAUGGCCAAGAUCGAAAAGUUUCCCCAAUACUGGAGGAAUAAGCACCUGGAUCCAUACGAUGUUCACAAGGAACAAAUAGCUGCCGCCAACAAACGAAUCAGGAAUCGGUUGUUGCGGGAAGAACAACAAAUAAGGAACGGUGACACAGGAACCAAAGUGAGUGACCACGCCUCUCCUCCUCCCAGACCCCUGAGCCCCCGGGCCAGUUCUAAUCACCCCACAGAGAAGACACCAUAG